CGAAUCGAACCGAUACGGUUACACGUUACCGGCCCCACCCAUUUCAUCUUCUCAUUUCUCCUUCCGCCUUCGGCGCCCUCUCUCUUCAGCAACCCUAAAGAUCCGAACUUUACCUCCAUACCUCACCUAACUAGGAGGCCUCCAAACAUUCUCCGUUCGCCGUUCGCGCCAUCUCUCUCUCAACUCCGAAAGCCUAGUGCGUGCCUACAGGCUACGCUCUUAGAACUGCCCCUCGCUGUCGGUUCCUUCUCCCCUCUCGGUAUUUUUUCAAUAUAUUAGGGUGUCCCGGUCGGUUCCUACUUCAGCCAACACACGGAUAUAUGCCUUGUAUUAAACCUGCGAAAACAAAAUCGUUUUUAGGUUGUCUAGAAAAUUUUGGCUCUCUAUCUUUCCUUGUGUUGCGGCGCAAUGGUUUACAUCACCUCAUGGGAUGAGUUCGUCGAGCGAUCCGUGCAGUUGUUCCGUGCUGAUCCCGAUUCUACACGGUAUGUAAUGAAAUACCGGAACUGCGAUGGUAAAUUGGUUCUCAAGGUCACUGACAACCGAGAGUGUCUCAAGUUUAAGACAGACCAGGCGCAAGAUGCUAAGAAGAUGGAGAAGCUUAACAAUAUAUUCUUCACGUUGAUGGCCCGGGGUCCUGAUGCGGAUGUAUCAGAAGUUACCGGAAAGGAACCGAUGGACGCACAGCCAACCAAGAAAGGAAGAGGAAGGAAACAAUAACUUUGUUUGCCACUAGACAAAUAGGGUUUGGACAACUUUUAGUAGGUAUCAUGGAUGAUUUGAUUUGUAAUCAUGCUCCAAGCAUCCAUUAGGCCGGCUUUGUUUUCACACAUUUUUGAAACUAUCUAAUCUCAAUAUCUAAACAUCAUUUAAACA